CUAUCACUACAGGUAAAAUAGAGAUAUAUUAUAUGCCCAGUAGCCUUUCCACGACCGCGUACAGGGGGUCCAACGCUCCCUCUUGACGUACUGGGCCUGGGUUCGUCAUCACUAGUAGCAGUGAUGUCACGGUUGCAUGAUUCCUACAAAUUUGAAAAUGACUAUAUAUCAAACAAAAGAUUAUGAAACAAAAAUAUGGCUGAUACUCCUUAUUUAUAGCAUCAUCAUAUGCCCUUGUCAUCAGGGAAUUUCUAGCCGCAACUUUUAGCCUUGUAAUCAGCCAAUUUGCUGAUGUCUAGAAAUAAUAUUUCUCCUAAAUUUCGAUGAGGGUGAAUAAUAUAUCAUAUUCUGAUAUUCAUAGUAAUCAUAGAUGCAUAUCUUUGUUUCAAAAUUUACUACAUUUUUUGAAAAUUUACUUCAAUAAAUCAAUAACGUUAUAAUAAUACAAAAAUUAGAUAAUUUACUUACUUGUUGGGGAUUGUCAUCACUGUGAAACACUGAAUCUUGGUAGCAUGGAUCAACAUUGCACCUUGAAGAGGCCUGAAAUUCAUCAGCUGAUGCAUCUGUUUAUUCUUCGACAUCUCACGAUGAAUCUGAGUCGAAUUCUGACUCGUUUUCGGCAUGUAACGUGGCCAUUACUUGGUUUAUGCUUAGGUAAUCCUUUUGGGACGCCAUUUUGUAUACAAACUGUCCAAAAUCCUUACAAAAAUCGCUGUAAAAUCGUCAAUACUCAAGCUAUCGCUGUGAAUUUUGUUUUAUUUUGAAGAGGAAGUAAUGUGCUUCAAACUGACAUGCGCAGUAUAAUUUUAGCAUGUAUACUUUUGCUACAGGACGCCCAAGUAUCUUAUGGGUCAAAUUUGACCCUAUCCGCGCCCUAAGGGUUUAAAGAUUCAAUACUUAUACAUUGGUGAUGAGGAUACUCAAUAAAACAAACCAGCGAAAGACACACGUUAGUUAUUUUGUAGCGGCAAACUAAUGAAUGAAGGCAUGGCUAACAACAUGUCUAUAAAUUUUCUGCCGUUUGACCCUGACGUUGAUCAAACAACAGUCGGGAAUAGAUUCAUGAAAUACAUCGACCGCUUCAAGAAUUAUAUGGUAGCCAUAGACAUCAAAGAUAAAGCUAGGAAAAGAGCAUUAUUCCUACAUACAGCGGGGUUUAAAGUGCAGGACAUUUUGGACACACUUGAGGACACCGGAGUUGAUUUUGAAACAGCGAAAAGAACAAUCUGUAUAACAUAUAUCAAUUCAGACAAAUACAACAACAGCAAGAUGAGACCUGCGAUGACUAUUGCACAAGAUUAAAGCAAGCGGCGAAACUUUGCGAAUUCCCAAAGGAAUGGCAAGAUACAGAAAUCCAAUUACAACUUAUAGACAAAGGAAAAUCGAAAAGAAUACGCCGACAAUUAUUAAGCAAAGAGCAUACGUUACAAGAAGCCCUUGAAUUCGCGAGAGCACAAGAAAUAGCGGACAGUCAAGCUACAAGGAUUGAAAGAGGAGUCAAGAACCCCAGGCCAGCAGUCGAAGUAUACGAAACAAGGGUAACAACAAGAACCCACGAAAGUACAAAGAAAUGUUUUUUCUGUGGCAGAAAAUUCCCACACCAAGGUAGAAGGACAAAGUGCCCUGCAUGGGGCAAGGAAUGUAAAAUUUGCAAUAAACCCAACCACUUUGCCAAAUGUUGUAAAGGGUCAAGUAUCAAAAGAAAAUAAGGACAAUCGAAAAUAAAGAGGAUAGCGACCCCAGCUCUGACAGCACCGAUAAUACAUCGAUCUAUAAUGUAGGGACAGUAAAUGGUAGGGCAACAGACGUGGAGCGUAGACCAGAUCGAACAGUUAAGAUUGACAACAAAGAUAUUAACGUUUUAAUAGAUACAGGGGCCACAGCAAACAUAAUGGACGAGGAAGCAUACAGGAAAAUAUCUCCAGGGCAGCAGAAAUUUAAAAAGGCAAAAAGUAUUAUGCAGCCGUACCACACAGAUAAAAAUCCCACUCCACCACUAUGUAUUAUUGGGAAAUUCGACGCAGUAAUUGAAUCCAAAACAAGAAUAGUGUCAGCCACGUUCUACGUGGUGGAAGGAAAAACAAAAACAGAGCCACUACUUAGUUAUAAGACAGGCCAAGAACUAGGCAUGGUCACCGUCGCAAACACAGUAGAGACAGAACCGUCAACAGUAGAGAAACUAUUGGGAAAUUACAGCAAUAUAUUUGAGGGUAUUGGCAAGAUGAAUGGUGUAAAAGUCUACCUGAACAUAGAUGCUGACAUAAAACCAGUAGCUCAACAACGUAAACCAUUUAGCAUGCGACCCAAGAUAGAAUAA